AUGGCUUCGGAUGACGAAUACUCCUAUGCUUACUCGGAAGAGGAGGAAGACUAUCAAAUGUCGGACGACGAAUCCAUGCAAUUUAACCCUGAAGCCAAGGAAAAUCCAAAUGCGGCUCCCGUCUUUUCCUAUGCCAAAAAGCCAGGCAUUCAAAUGCUGCCUGCGGACCAAGUAUUCCCUGAAAUGAAACGAAAGUUGGUCGAUGCGACUGAGGUUUUGGGCAUUCCCGAGGUUGCGGCGGUGGUCUUGAUGCGCGAAUUCCACUGGCAAAAGGACGUCCUGCUAGAAACUUUUUUCAGAGACCCUGAUGGCUUACUCAAAAAGAAUGGAGUCUACCAUCGCGUAAAUCCCAAACCAGCCCUGAAUUCACCCCAUUGUGCGAUUUGCUACGAUGAUGUCGAAGAAAAAAUGGCCAUGCCAUGCGGACACGAGUUCUGCAUGGACUGCUGGCACGACUUUUGUGCCAAUGCUAUUCAAGAAGAAGGACCAAUCUGUGUCUGUACCUCUUGUCCAGAUGCGUCUUGUGAUGAAAUUGUGACGGAAGAAGAGGUCACCAAGGCUGCUCCAGAUCAUUUGCCAAAAUUCAGAACGUACCAGCUACGAAGUUUUGUGGAAUCCAACAAAUUGACGCGAUGGUGUCCUGGAGCGGGAUGUGAACGAGUUGCCACUGCCCAAUCAGCGUCCGCAAUGGAACAAGACGACAAUGUAGCCCACUGUGAUUGUGAAGGAUGUCAGACUAGUUUCUGCAUGAAAUGCGGAGAAGAACCUCACUCGCCUACGGACUGCCCAGCGCUUGCACUCUGGAAUGAAAAAUGUCGAAAUGAAUCCGAGACUGCUAACUGGAUCCUUGCCAAUACGAAAUCAUGUCCCAAGUGUGUCAGUCGAAUAGAAAAGAACCACGGUUGUAAUCACAUGACUUGCCAGAAAUGCAGACACGAAUUUUGUUGGAUCUGUAUGGGGGACUGGACGGAUCAUGGCGCUAACACGGGAGGUUAUUACAAAUGUAAUAAAUAUGAUGUAGAUACCGGCACCAGUAGCGGAGAUGAUCUUUCGGAUGCGGCCCGAGCCAAGCGAGAACUGGAUCGAUACUUGCACUACUACAAGCGAUUCCAUGCGCACGCGGAAGCACAAAAGUUUGCGCGAAAACAACUGAAGGAGACGGAAAAUAGAAUGGUUCUUUUGCAAGAAUCAUCAGACGAUGUGAAAUGGAGUGACGUCGAAUUUCUAAAGACAGCCAAUGAACAAUUGGUGGAAUGUCGGAGAGUUUUGAAAUACUCUUAUGUCUAUGCCUACUACUUGAAGCCACAAUUUGAAAUGCAAAAGCAACGCUUUGAGCACCAUCAAGAAAUGCUCGAACGAUUCACUGAAACUUUGAGCGAGCUUUCCGAAAAGCCACUGGCUGAAAUGGAUCGAACGGAUGUGGUGAACAAGACACGUGUGGUGGACCAAUUCAUGAAGAAUAUUCUGAAAUAUGUCGCAGAUGGAAUGGAUGAUUGA